GCGGACCAGUGACGGCCGGAUGGCGAUGGCAUGGGGCUAGUGUGCUGUUUUCCCAAAACCCGCAGUUGGAAAGGUCAUGCUUCGGAGGGCGUUGCAGCUGGGCUUGGGCCGGGGGUUCUGGAGCCGAGGGCUAGGCACACGCAGAGGAGGCUCUACCUUAGACUGGGAUGGAAAGAUGUUGGAGAUUAAGAAGAAGAUCCAGUCAGUCCUUCCUGGAAGUGCCUGGGAACCUCUGUAUGACACCAGCCACCUGCCCCCAGAACACUCAGAUGUGGUGAUUGUUGGGGGCGGGGUGCUUGGCCUGUCAGUGGCCUUUUGGCUGAAGAAACUGGAGCAGCGUCAAGGUGCCAUACGAGUGCUGGUGGUGGAGCGAGACCACACGUACUCCUGCGCCUCCACUGGGCUAUCCUUGGGCGGAAUCCGGCAGCAGUACUCAUUGCCUGAGAACAUCCAGCUCUCACUCUUUUCAGCUGACUUUCUCCGAAACAUCAAUGAGUAUUUGGCUGUGCUCGAUGGCCCCCCUCUGGACCUCCAGUUCAACCCUUUAGGGUACCUCUUGCUGGCUUCAGAAAAGGGAGCUUCAAUUAUGGAGAAGAACGUGAAACUACAAAGGCAGGAAGGAGCCAAAAUUUGUCUGAUGUCCCCUGAGCAGCUUCGGAACAAAUUUCCCUGGAUAAACACAGAAGGCGUGGCUUUGGCAUCUUAUGGACUGGAGGGUGAGGGGUGGUUUGAUCCCUGGUGCCUGCUCCAAGGACUUCGACGAAAGGUCCAAUCCAUGGGGGUCAUUAUCUGCCAAGGAGAGGUGACACGUUUUGUCUCUUCAUUAGACUGCAUGAAGGAUGUAGAUGGGGAAGAGGUGACUUUGAAAAGAAUCUAUGAGGUCCAUGUAAAGAUGAACCAGAGCCUGGAGUACCAGCCUGUGGAGUGUGCCGUUGUCAUCAAUGCAGCUGGGGCUUGGUCUGGGCAAGUUGCUGCACUGGCUGGUAUUGGGCAGGGCCCACCUGGCACCCUGAAGGGCACCAAGCUACCUGUAGAGCCCAGGAAGAGGUAUGUGUACUCCUGGCACUGCCCGCAGGGACCAGGCCUGGAGGCUCCAUUACUUGUAGACACCAGCGGGGCCUAUUUCCGCCGAGAUGGCCUAGGUCACAACUACCUGGGAGGCUGUAGCCCCAGUGAGGAAGAAGAACCUGACCCAGGAGACCUGGAAGUGGACCAUGAUUUUUUCCACCACAAAGUGUGGCCCCCUUUGGCCCAGAGGAUCCCAGUAUUUGAGGCUUUGAAGGUUCAGCGCGCCUGGGCUGGCUAUUACGACUACAACACCUUUGACCAGAAUGGCGUGGUGGGCCCGCACCCAUUGGUCACCAACAUGUACUUUGCCACGGGCUUCAGUGGCCAUGGGCUGCAGCAGGCCCCUGCCGUGGGGCGAGCUGUGGCCGAGUUGGUGCUGAACGGCCAGUUCCAGACCAUCAACCUGAAUGCCUUCACCUUUGACCGAUUCUUCUUGGGAGUGAAGACUGAGGAGUUUAACAUUAUCUGAGCUGGUCACGCUAUGCCAUGACCCUGUGAACUUUCAGCUCUCACAUUUGGUGCCUGAGGUCAAUAGAGAAUGGUGGGGCAGGACCCCCAAUACUGAUCCUCGGCCUGGACUGCUGUCAGCCCCCAGGGAGUCUUGAGGACAGUGUCCAAGACUAGUCGCUUCCUGGAAGGAGCCAGAAAGAUUACCUCUGUCCUCCUGGCAGAGGCUGGGCAGGGAGCAUCAAAGGGCAGCCUGGCCCAGAUUUAUUGACUUGUCUGUUUACCCUGCAUAUCAAUCAAUAAAUGUGAUUAACUCCCUCCA